CGGGUCAUUUCCGGUCCGACCCUUUUCUUCUUCCGCCCCCGUGUCUUAUCUGCUUUGCGGCCCACGUGCAAACUAAAAAUAAAAAUACCAUAAAAUUAUCCCAAAUUUAUUGGACCAAAUGGCGUCAUCCUUCGAGCAGAUGAGAGCGAACGUCGGGAAACUCCUGCGAGGGAUCGACAGGUACAACCCUGAAAACCUCACCACGCUGGAGCGUUACGUGGAGACGCAAGCGAGAGAAAAUGCCUACGAUCUGGAGGCAAACCUGGCCAUCCUGAAGCUGUACCAGUUUAAUCCAGCCUACUUCCAGACUCAUGUGACGUCACAGAUUCUGCUGAAAGCUCUGACCAACCUGCCGCACACCGACUUCACUCUCUGCAAGUGCAUGAUCGACCAAACACACCAAGAGGAGCGUCCCAUCAGGCAGAUCCUCUACCUGGGGAACCUGCUGGAGACCUGCCACUUCCAGAGCUUCUGGGCGAGUCUGGAGGAGAACAGGGAGCUCAUUGAUGGUAUUACUGGGUUUGAGGACUCCGUUCGAAAAUUCAUCUGCCACGUGGUGGGGAUCACCUACCAAACCAUUGAGCGCCGGCUACUGGCAGAGAUGCUGGGAGACCCACUGGACACGCAGUUGAAAGUGUGGAUGAAUAAAUACGACUGGACAGAGAACGAGGAUGGACAGAUAUUCAUCUACAACCAGGAGGAAAGUAUCAAGCCCAAAAACAUUGUGGAGAAGAUCGACUUUGAGAGCGUUUCCAGCAUCAUGGCCACAUCUCAGUGACACAAACGCGCACACGUCUUUUGUUUUCAUGAUCCUGCUCCUCAGAAUAAACUUAUUGUUGGUAAAAA